GGGCCUCCUCCCGCACCCCGGUCGUCGUCGGCGUCCCGGUGGUGCUCGUAUCUUAUCUCUACUACCGCGGCCGUAGUGCCAUCGUGCGAGCGCAGCGCGGAGAGAGUAGAAGGAAGCAAGUGUGUGUCCGUCUCAUACCUACUGGGGUUGGCUGGUGUGGUGUUUGAGACGUGCGGUCGGGAGAGCGGAUGGAGAGGAAGGGAGGGUGCUGCCUCGCGCCGAGGUACGGCGCCGCCGGGCCUGCGGCCGCGCAGCAGCAGGCAGGCGCGGCGUGGCAGAUGGGCAGGAUCAUGCUCAAGUUCCGCCCGAUUGCACCUAAGCCGGCGGCCAUGGCGCCCGUGCCGGCACCGACGCCGGUGGUGGCUGGGCCGUCCGUUGGUGCGGCCGGGAGAGGGAAGCGAAAAGCCGUGUGCGGUGCAGGCGGCGGGAGGAGGGGGCGGAAGCCCAAGAAGGCGGCUGCGGUGGUGACUGCAGCGCCUGCGCUUGCAGCGGCGGCGGCGCAGGAUGCGGGCGACUGCAAGAAGGACUGCGAGAAGGAGAAGUCGUCGUCGUCGCGGUCCUCGUCCUCGUCGGGGAUGACGUCCGUGGACUCGUCGCCGCCGCCGCCGCAGCACCACCUCCCGACGCUGCUGCCGCUCAUGCCCGUGACGGCGGUGGAGGAUAAGGGCCCCGCUGCUGGUGCUGCGACAGAGGAGCUUCCGGCGCCUGUGCCGUCUCAGGUGGCCGCGGCAGCCACGGGGUCGGCACGGCCGUUUGCUCCGCGGGCGUUGCGCCCAGGCUCCGCGGCUUGGGCGGCUUCGUUGGUGACGGUGGAGGAGGUGACCGCGACGUGGCGCGACGGCGAGGCGCCGCCGUCCUCCGCGGCGUGCGUCGCCGACGACGCCCCGGCGUUCGUGUCGGACCAGUGGGGCCGCGUCACGUGGAGGAACGCCGCGUUCGUCCGGGCUGUACCCGCGGACGACGGCGGCGACGAGGUGGAGACGCAGACGCCCGUGGCGCUCAGCGGCGCGCUCCCGGCGUGGGGCACCUGCUCGGGAUUCACGUGCCGCGUCCGCUGGCACUCGAGCCCCCGGCGCGUGGGUUCCACUUCCUCCGUGGUGGCGCCCUGCGAUGUGUGGCGGCUGGACGCCGGCGGCAGCUACCUUUGGCGGCUGGACCUGCAGGCCGCUCUCACUCUCGGCGGCCGCCUGUGACUGUGAAAACCCGCCUGUGACUGUCAAGUUCUGAACCCCAGCAACGAAUAUGCUGUAGUACUCCUACGUGCGGAUUAGUAGUGUUUUAUUCUGAGAUUGGAAACCAUAUGCGUUCUUACUGACGUACGGUAUGGUUUAAUCGGCGUAUUGCUAUCCUGGUCGGGCUUAAUUAAGGAUGUUUGAAGCCAGAUUGGGUAUUACUAAUUAUGGAUUAGUUUAGAUCCCUUGGAAUGGGAGUGAGUGACUUGCCAGGACUUAAGAAGAAACCAAAGCAUGUGACGAAUGCUUCUGGAUGUGCAGAGUUCAGUCUUCCUUCUUCAGCAGCACAGAAUCUUGCUCUUCUCAUUUGUUUUCCUUUUCUUCUCUUGAGGGCACCCUUAACGUAAACUAUAGUUUUUAUUAUGAAUA